AUGGGGAGGGGAAAGAUUGAGAUCAAGAGGAUCGAGAACUCGAGCAACAGGCAAGUUACCUACUCUAAGAGAAAGAAUGGGAUCCUAAAGAAGGCUAAGGAAAUCACUGUUCUAUGUGAUGCUCAAGUUUCUCUUAUCAUCUUUGCUGCAUCUGGAAAGAUGCAUGACUACAUCAGCCCUUCUACUACGUUGAUUGACAUAUUGGAGAGGUACCACAAGACCUCAGGGAAGAGGCUUUGGGACGCCAAGCAUGAGAACCUAAACAGUGAAAUUGAGAGACUCAAGAAAGAGAAUGACAGCAUGCAAAUUGAGCUCAGGCACUUGAAGGGGGAGGAUAUAAACUCUCUCAACUACAAGGAACUCAUGGCCUUAGAAGAUGCCUUAGAAACUGGUCUCGUAAGUGUCCGCGAGAAACAGAUGGAUGUGUACAGGAUGUUCAGGAGAAAUGACAAGAUCUUGGAGGAAGAGAACAGGGAACUUAAUUUUCUCUGGCAACAACGUUUGGCAGUGGAAGGUGCGAGAGAAGUGGAGAAUGGAUUCGAUCAGAGCGUGAGGGAUUACAAUUCCCAUAUGCCAUUUGCCUUUCGUGUGCAACCAAUGCAGCCAAAUCUUCAAGAAAGGAUCUAA